AUGAGCGCUCCACCUCCUUACCAAGCUAUUGCUUCAGCCGAUGAACGUCCACACAACCAUUCAGACAUCCCCGAUGAUUUUAAAUACUCCACUACUAUAGUUUCAUGCGAUUUCGAAAUUCGUCAGCAGUUUAUGGCAAAAGUUUACAGUAUCCUAUCAACACAACUACUCUGUACACUGAUAUUCUGCUACCUCACUAUCAAGAGCCCCAAAGUUCAACUGUUCCUCAUUAAGCACACUGGGUUGUACAUCGUCGCUGCGAUUACUACUCUGGUAUCAUGUAUCUGGCUUGCACUAUCCCCUCGUCCAGAAGAGUACGAAGGCCCUGCACCUUGGUAUAGCUUACAAGGACGCACGCAAUACGCAUUAUUGGGUCUAUUCACAGUUGCUGAAAGUUACUGUAUGGCCGGUUGUGUGAUGUUCGAAUCACUAGAGAUCGUUCUAAGCGCACUAGUAGUAACCUUCGUGGUUGUAGUCGGUGUUUCUCUGAUGGCCUUCUCCGGUAGGUUCCAAAUAGCCCUGGAAAGUGCAACGUCAAUAUACUACUGGUUGAACCUUGCAGUUUUACUACUUAUCGGUGUGGGACUCUCCGCAAUCUUUGUCGGUGGAAUGAACAGUACUGUAAGUAUCCUCUACGGCUGGCUGGGAGCAGUGGUCUUCUCCAUCUAUCUCUUCAUCGACACACAACUUAUCUUCCGCAAGAUGUACCUCGGCGAAGAAGUCCGCUGCGCAAUGAUGCUUUAUCUCGACAUUGUCAACCUAUUCCUCUCAAUAUUACGUAUCCUAUCAAGUCAAAAUGGCGAUGAUUAG